UAACCCCGGCAGCGCCCCGCGCGACCUCCCCGCUGCUGAGGCGGCGGCAAAGAUGGCGGCGCUGAGCAAGUCCGUCCCACACAGCUGCUAUGAGAUCGGGCACACCUGGCACCCGCGCUGCGCCGUGGCCGCCCUCCAUGUGAGCCGCAGCGCGCUGGCAGAGUCCCUCCGCAUCUACGGCACCUUGUACCUGAUUGCAGCUAUUCUCAGGAAACGAAAACUUGACUAUUAUUUGUACAAACUGCUACCUGAGAUCUUGCAAUCAACUUCCUUUCUGACAGCAAAUGGGACCUUGUAUAUUGUUUGCUUUUGCAUUCUAAGGAAGAUACUUGGAAAAUUCUACAUCUGGUCUCCUGGCUUUGGUGCUGCAUUACCUGCCUCCUACAUGGCUAUUCUCAUCGAAAGGAAAAGCAGGAGAGGUCUCCUCACGAUCUACAUGGCCAAUCAAGCCACAGAAACCUUGUUCCGAAUGGCAGUAGCACGAGGGACGAUCACACCAUUAAGACAUGGAGAAGUCCUUUUGUUCUGCAUCACAGCUGCUCUGUUCAUGUUCUUUUUCAGAUGCAAAGAUGGCUUGAAAGGAUUUACAUACUCUGCACUAAAGUUCAUUGUAGGGAAAGAAGAAAUCCCCACUCAUUCGUUUUCACCUGAAACAGCAUUUUCAACAGAUAGAAAGAUAAAGCCCUGUGAAAAAGUAUCACAUCCAAUGAACAUACUGACUCUGACAAAAAAGCUCAUGGACAAAGUGUGCAAACAUGGCCCAAGGCACAGAUGCUGUAAACACUACGGAGAUAAUUGCAUCUCAUAUUGUAUUAAAGGCUUCAUUAGGAUGUUUAGCAUCGGUUACCUGAUCCAGUGUUGCCUUCGGAUUCCAUCCACCUUCCGGCAUCUGUUUACAAAGCCAUCCCGGCUACUUUCACUCUUCUACAACAAGGAAAACUUCCAGCUUGGAGCUUUUCUGGGAUCUUUUGUCAGUAUAUACAAAGGUACUAGUUGCUUCCUGCGUUGGGUACGAAACCUAGAUGAUGAGCUUCAUGCACUUAUAGCGGGGUGUCUAGCAGGAAUUUCCAUGAUGUUUUACAAAAGUACUACUAUCUCUAUGUAUCUGGCAUCCAAAUUAGUAGAGACUAUAUACUUCAAAGGCAUUGAAGCAGGGAAGGUUCCCUAUUUUCCUCAUGCAGAUAGCAUCAUCUAUGCCAUUUCCACGUCGAUAUGCUUUCAGGCAGCUGUCAUGGAAGUUCAGAACCUGAGACCUUCAUACUGGAAGUUUCUUCUACGACUAACAAGGGGCAGGUUUGCUCUCAUGAACAGGAAAGCUUUAGAUGUAUUUGGUACUGAAGCAUCUAAGUACUUCAAGGAUUUCACACCUAAGCUUGACCCAAGAUACACUGUUGUACCACCAGAGCUACCGCUGGAGUUGUCUUGAACACGACAGUAUAUCUUGUCAUUGAAUGUGAUCAGCUUUUUGUCCUGAGAAGUUAAUUAACUUAACAGUCGUAUAUAUGGAGGAGGGCUUGGGCUCCACUUCAGUAUUAUUUCAAUGAGAAAUGCUUUUUACCAAUCAAAAGUACUGAAGCUUUGCAGGAAAGUGUGGCUUAAUGAUUAAGCCCCUUCCAUAAGCAGAAACUAUUUUUGGAUGACUGUAGUUGGUUGGCAGUCUGCUAGAUUCCUGAAUGAAUGAAACAAAUGAGUAAUAUAUUUUAGAGAAGUAAAAUAUAAAUUAUCCAUAACAACUUCCAGAAAAAUCUGUAGUUCAUGGUAGUAAAACUAAAAGUAAUUCUUAAUUUAGAAAGGAAGACAAGUGGCAUAGUUUAGGUCCAGAAUUUUACCUGAUCUUACAGCUAUUGCAGUCAGGUAGAAAUGCCUCCUUGGAGUUCUAAAUUGUGUCACUGCCCACUGGUUGUUUAAAACAGCAGUAUCUUUACACAGCUAUAGCUGCAAAAUAAGGGAUUCCUCUGGAAAAGAAAAUACAUGUUAAUACAGAAACCACAUGCCAGGGCUGUGAAUCCCACUGGCGAUGCGGAUAACAGAGAAGGCAAGUGGGAAGGCGGUACCAGCGGCUGCUGCAUGGCAAGGAGCAGGGGGUGUGGUGGUUAGGAUCUGCCAAGUGGAAAAGGACAGAAGCCGUGGAGGAAGGGAUGAAACGUUCCGGGCUCCGCGAUGGUGCUGGGAACAGCCGGCUGUUCCAGACCUAAAAAAAGCCGAGAACAAAACAAAACUCCCCCAAAAUACACCAAAAUGAAAUGUUUGUUUUUAAAGGGCUUGACACUGUCGCUUUCGAUGGUGCAUGGGGUUGUUUGUCAAGCUGCAGCGCCAGCCAGCAUUUCAAGUGUUUCUUUUAAAGAGAGCUGACCCCCUGAGGUGAGACUCAGAGAAUGGUUUUGAUGGUCGUUUUAAUAGGGUUUUUAUCUUGUACUUGGUGAAAAGUGGUUUUCCAUCGAGCCAUCAGACAGCCACGACUGGGACAGUUACAUUCAGUGUAAUGGGGUACUCAGUGCUAAUAACUACCUACACAAAUUCCAUCUCAAUUUUACCCUGAGUAUUCCUGCAGAUAAGAGCUUGUGUUCUAAAGCAAGACCUAGAUGUGCUAAUUGCUGCUUAUUUUUGCUUUUGGGGGCUCUUUCUAUAUUAGAAUCCAUUCAGGUGAUGCUGAAUGAUGUUAGUUACCUAGAGCUUAGUGAAAAGAUGAAUUAUAUUCACAUUCAACUGAAGAGAAACCAGGUAAGCCAGGGAAUGGAAAUUGCAGUAGGUUGCAUGAGUUUUAAGAAGAAAAAAGAACAAGAAAUCAGUAUUUUAUUGGGAGUCUUUGUCAGAUGAUAUGAAUUGGAUUAAUGAAUAGAAUCUCUGUCUUGUAAUACAGCUCUAAGCAUAUUUUAAUUCCCACUAGUUUUCUUAUUACUGAGUAUACAGUAAUUUUGUCAGCUUUGUAGGAAUGUCAUGAAAAUCAUACCAGUCUGUGCACAAAACCUGCUUCUUCAUCAGCUACUGCAACAGGGAUGCUUAUUGCUGGUACUAAAGGUGCUUCAUCCUUUCAAACAGCAGUUGUCCAAGUUAGUGUGAAUAAAGUUUUGCAAGCUAGUUUGUAUGCAGUAUUUUAUUGCUUGAAAUCUUAUUUUAAAAUUCCUCAAAAGGAAAUAAAGAGUUAAUUCAACAAGAACUUUUAAAGGAUCGUAAUAGGUUUGUAAUGUUUUUCCACUGGAAUAUGGUCUGAAAUAUUUGACCUUGUAAAGUCUUGAGGAGUUAUAUAUUUUAGGUAAUACAUUAGAACUCACACACUAUAUUAUGAAUACUUUGUAGUGUAACUAUGUACCAUUCCCAAACGUAAAGAUAUUUUAUAGAUGGAUUCAUUUUCUUCACUGGAAUGACACUUGUGAUUGUUUCUCUAUUUGAAGUAAGAAAAAUCCAAGUACUACAUCUCAGCAGCUAAACAACUGUUCUGUCUCUGUUUUCCUGCUUCCAAAAUCCACAGUCCUUGUAGCAAGUUAUUUUUGUGUAAUAUAAAAAGAAAUAAAAAAGUUAUAAAUUAUUUUUAUUCAGAUCAAGUAUAUGUAAGAGGAAAAAAAAUAAAGUCCUAAUGUUUUUCCCAAUAAUAAACAGUUGCUGCUUGAAAAAGUGA